AUGGAGCUUUCUUCUCUGGGACCAACAUUCCAAGCACAGGGCUGUGAAACAGGCCUAACUUUAGCAGGGAAAAGUGGGAUCGAAGAGCUGAAUUCUCUCACUUGGAAGAAACCAAGCUUCCAAAAAGUGCCUUGUACCUCUGCCUGCGCUGUAUCAGGAGCCCGAGGAGCGAGUGUGACGCUGUGUGCCUGGGGAAGUAGGCCGGAUGACUCAGAUCUAGGGCUGGAGACAGGGGAAGCAGGGGAAGAGGGCGACACACCUACAGCUGUGCUGGGCCUGCGGCAGCAACAUCCUGCGCUGCUGGAGCUUGUGCGGAGCCCCAAAACUGCCUUUUAUGCCGGCUGCACUGGUUCCUGUUCCUUUUACACUUGGAAUUCAGAGGCUGUGAGCGUUGCUGUUGUACCACCACAAGCUCCAUGGAUGGAGCUGGCCAGGCUACAGACACCCGCUGAACCAGCACAGAAUGACAGAACAUUACCUGUGAAUAAAUGGAACGAGAACGAUGUCAAAUGCUGGCUAGAAUCUACUGGAAUCAAGAAAGAGUAUGUAGAAAAACUAUAUGCGGAAGAAGUGACAGGUCCAGUGCUAAUGGACCUGGAUGAAUCUUUCCUCAAAGACAUGGGUAUGAAGGGAGGCCAAAUCCACAUGUUAAUCCGCAAGAGAAACAAACUUCUGCAGGUACAGGAAAAUGAACAGCAAGCCAAGCCUUCCAGCAGCAAAGUGUCUGACAAAACUGAUGCACAAACAGAUCCAGUCAGACCCAGAAAUGCCCCUGCUGAAGGAACUUCAAGUGGAGACAGUUGUGGUCCAGUAGGUAAAACUAGCAGAGACAACACAGCUGCUACUUCUGGCAAGAGGCAAAGGAGAAGUAACAAUUCUCAAAGUACUGAUGAAGUUUUAGAACUCAGCAACUGUCGACCAUUUAGAAGUCAGAAUACCGAUUUCAAAUAUGUGAAAAACAGAGUUCUUGCUCCAGAAUCAGGAGUCAAUGAUUUAAUCACUCCUUGCCAUGAAUACAAAUCUUUUGCCAUUGCUGCAGAACUGAACAAAAAUCAAUUGCAAUCAAAAUUUGCCUGCGAAGUGAUACGAUUUGCUUCAGCCUGCAUGAACAUUCGAACAAAUGGCACCAUACAUUUCGGUAUUAUGGACAGCGUUGUGGAUAACGGUUGGAAACACGGACAGAUCAUUGGCAUAAAGGUCAAAGAGCGAGAAUACUAUGUUGAUGCAUUAGAUUAUAUAGAAAAAUGUUUUGCUGAAAAUGUACAAGAAAUUGCAAGGAAAUGUAUUCACCCACCUGUUUUUGUUGAAGUGAUUUCAAAAGACUCUCAGGAACAGAGAUUUGUGGUGGAGGUUGACAUUGAACCAACACUGAGUUUAGUAAAGAACAGAGUUUUUGAAGUCUGUUUGCCAAAAUACAAUGAAGACAGCCAGAAGGUGACCAUGACAAAAGACCGAACUCUCUACCAGAGACUAGGAGCAAAGUCUGAACCUGUAAAGCACAACGAUGUAUUUGCUUUUUAUACAGGGUUACAAGACAGGGAUGCUCAAAGAGAAAAAGCUGAGCUCUCCAGUGCAGAAGUACCUACAGAAAUACCUCAAAAUUUAGGAAGAAAGUUAUCAAUUCUACUAAAUGAUGGCAAAAGCUAUAUAGAUGAUUCCUUACGGUACAUCCUUGUCACAAACAGAUGUGAAAAGGACAAUCUGAACUAUAUCAACUUUUUAAUGCACUUGAACAUUUUCUGCGUCUUUGACUUUGAUGAAGAUUCUAAUGUGUCAGGACUGUAUAGCAAGUACAAAGAACACCACGCAACAAGGUCUUAUUUUUUACCGGAUUUUUCCAAUGAAAGUAAGACUGGCAUCCCUCCCUCUCAGAAACACUCGAGCCUGUUUGAUCAGACCAGCUGGAUAUUCUGCAAUGGGCGCAGUGACUUCCUUGGCAAUGAAAAACCUUGUGAUGAAAAUACAUGGAUUAGAACAAAAAAAACAUACCUUAAGAAAGCAAUCAUUCGUAUCUGUGACGAAAUCCUGCCGAAGCGGUCUUUCAUUGUGCUUUUCCUAUUGCUAUCACCAGUGCAGAAACCACUUGUGGACACUUUUCAGGAAUUCUAUUCAGAGAUGAACGGCACAGAGUACAUCGUUUGCAUUGCAGAGUCCAGAGACAACUAUGAGAAGUGGGCUAACCUAGCUCAGACAUCCUGCAGCAUUGAGACACUGGAACAAUGCAGCAUCGUGGGCAUGAAACUGAGUCACGUAGAUGCCACCAUUCAAGCAAUGCUGCCUUCUAUGGCACAACCCAGACAUCUGCCAGUUUCCAGUAGAGGGGUAUGUACACUUUCCUCGCUGGAAGAAGAGAAACUGUUUUCCCUUGAAAUCCUUUGUGUUGACCAAUGCGAUGAUAUAAAAUUAGAUUUUUUGACUGAAAAAGAAAUACAGGAAAUAGAACAAAAUUUUUACCGAGGGAGAAAAAUCAUCUGGAAAAACUUCUGGCUUGCCGAUAAAAGAUGCUGUGGGGAAAUCAUUGAACGCGAAGCAUGUCAGGAUGCCAGCAAACUCCUAGAUGACAUUUUACGAGGAAGCGGACACAACUGCUCUGUGGCCAAACUAAAGAUAUUUCACCAUCCUGGGAGUGGUGGAAGCACAAUAGCACGACAAGUUCUAUGGAAAAGAAGAAAGCACUUACGAUGUGCUGUUAUCAAAACGUCCUACUCGCCUGCAACUGUUUGUGAGCAUGCACUUGCAUUUAGAGAGUAUGAAGAAAAAGAAAUUAGUCAUUGUCUUCCUGUGCUUCUCCUGAUCGAAGAUUAUGAUGAAGACUAUUUAGAAGAACUAAGGUAUGAGUUAAUAGAUGCUGUAGCAUCUAGGAAAAUUAAUUCCCCCAGACCUUACUUCAUCCUCCUGUGUUGUAGACGAUCCAAUGACCCUGAAAGGCUUUGCAAGGCUUCUCCACUGGACACAGUUGCUGUCACUCACAAGCUGACAGACUCAGAGAAAAGUCUGUUCAGAACUAAACUUGAAAAACUGAAGCAGAAAGAUGUCAAGCCAGAAUUCAUACUUACAUUUGUCCUGAUGUGUGAGGAGUUCAAUGAAACAUAUGUGAGAGACUUUGUAGAGCACAUAUUGCAAGACAUAGACCGUUCUUCUCGUGAUACACGUUUGAUGUGUUAUGUGGCAUUGCUUAAUUUUUACGUACCUAAUUCAUAUGUUUCAUUGUCACACUGUGAGGCUUUUCUGGGACUGGGGGUAUAUACAGAAAGAACAUCAAGAGCGUAUGAUUUCAAAAGUCACUUGAGUGAACAAGCAAGAAUGAUUUUUAUUGAGCUAAGGGAAAGUACCACCUAUAUUUCAUCUGUUCAGAUAAUACACUGUCUGGUUGCAAAAGAAAUUCUGCAUCAGCUUUCAGGGAAUGAACCUCAAAGUCAACUUGCAAUGACGCUUCUUCAGGAAAAGACACUCUUUGGAAACAGAUUUGGACGAGAUGAAUUCAUAAAGUUCAUCAGAGAUCUGUUUAUUCGACGUGAUAAAAGAAGCAGGGGUGACAAUACUGACACUCUUUUCUCCCCAUUCAUUGAACACGUCUGUAAAGCUGAAGGCUGUGAAAAAGCUAUAGCUAUUUUAAAAGCUGCAUAUGAACUCCUUGGAAAAGAUCCUUUUUUUGCCCAGCAACUUGCUAGACUACAUUACAACAAUGAAAAAUUUAAAGAUGCAGAAUAUUGGGCAGGGGUGGCAAAAUUUCAUUUGCCAAAUGAUUCUUUUAUUUUAGAUACAGAAGGUCAAGUCUACAGGAAAUGGUUUAGUUUCACUGUGGAUAAAAUGACACAGGAGGACACUCCUGAAAGCAUCAUUCAAAAGAUAGAGAUAGCUCUUAAAGCUAUGAAAUGCUUCAGGGCUGCACAACAGGCUGCAAAAGCAGAACGUGACAGUAUGAACAAUGCUGGCUAUUUUGGAGAAGUAGAAGUAGGAUGUCGUCUUCUUAGAUUUUUGUCCACAAUCUAUGUAUUUCGCAGAAAUCCAGAGGGGGAAUAUUCUGAGCUUGUAAAAUACCUGAUCACAGAUUACAUUCCUAAAGACAUUGAAAAACCAUGGGGAAGGCUUCACUCCCGCCUAAAAGGCUUACGCCAGAACCUGUACAAUGCUCUGGAAUGGAUUUCAGAAGACCUAAGUUAUUUCCAAACAGAUAAAACCCAUGAGAAGGAAGAGGAAGAUGAAAAAGAUGAAAAAGAAGAACAAAUUUAUAAUCCCAGAAAAUGGCUAAAAAGACAGUCAGAGGUAUAUGCCAAAUUCUUCAUCUCUGCAUCACUUAUUGAGGAAAGCAACGGUGGCCCCGAGAGCCAGUUGAUUAGACGCAUGAAUAUUUAUAAGAGCGGCGGAGGUAGCGUCACUAAUAUCCUGUCUUUCUUAACUGAUAAGAAAGAGAAUAGGUCAGCUGAAAAGAUAGAAAAGAUCCUUAGUUUCUAUACAGAAAACCCCCAAAGAGACAGGCUAGAAGACAACGAUCUGAUCAAUUAUAUUUUGUGCCACAUCACAUUAGCAUGCUUAGCACCAGGAUCAGCCAAACUUCUUCCAGUGCAAACUCUUCGUGAGCUCAGUAUAAGAUUUUUUAAAGGAAAAAGACCAUUUCCAGCAAGUGCCUAUUUUUUGCUCACCCUGCUAUACUGGCCAGAUGAGGCACUAGACAAAGAGCCUAAUCCAGAAAAAGAUGAAAUUCUAAACUUAGCCCUUCAAACCCUGAAACGUUUAUAUGACAUCAAGAUGAAAGAUGUUCCUACCAGAAAGAAACGAAUCUACACUCACUUUUUUCUGGGAAAGGGUUAUGGCUUACGUAAGAUUGUGCACAAAACUAAAAUUGAGAAAUUAAUUAGUGGAUCCUUGGAUGAGAGGAGAAUGAAAUGGCUACAUGGAACUGUAUGGAAUAUUGGCGAGAUUCGUGACAUUCUCAAAAGAGUUUCUGGUUGGACCAAGGACAGAAAUUUAUUUAUACGUGGGCAUGUAAAAGAAUUUCCCAUCUUGCCACUCCAUCGUGAUUCAGUGCCCCCUGGAAAUGAAAAUGUGACUUUUUAUUUAGGCUUUUCAUUUAAUGGUCUUGUUGCUUUCAAUAUUGAGGUUGAAAAUAAUCCAACUGUCAGCAGAGUACAAAAUAUUUAG